AUGUACCUACUUCUAAAUAAAAUAUGCUUGAAUUAUAUGAUAAAUUAGAUCAAUCCCUAUAAUAAAGCUUCUUAUUUCCUAUAAGGGAGGAGUUAUUAAGAGAAUAUUUUGAUGACUUAAUACUUUAAAUAAAAAUAAACUAUGGAAGAGAGGUUUUUUACUAGUGACAGUGACAGUACUCACCAAAGCUCGGAUGGUGAUUGAAACAUAUUAAACGUGUGUCAAGUAUUUCUUUAAGAAUAUAAAAGUUUUUAUCAGAAGAAGAACAUACUUAUAAAAUAUCUAGGCUGAAGAAAGAUUUAAAAUAAACUUACUAGAAUAAGAAUGUUCUGAGCUUUAAAAAUAAGUUUAAAAUUUAGAAUAGAAGCUAUAAGAUAUAAAUCGGAAGAAUUAAUAAAAUAGAGAGUAAACAAAAGUAACACAUUUGAAAAGAAUAACCUUAUUAAAAACUGAUAUAAAAAAUAUAGUAUUUUGGUGA